CAUGUCAACACAUCCUUCAUUCUCCUCUGCUUCUUCGUUUCUCAAUCGUCUUUUCCGUCAACACGUCGGUAGGGUCUCAACUUCUGCCAUCUCCGUAAGCCAUGAGAAAGAGUGUGAGUUUGAACAACUUGUCUGAGUAUCGGCAUACAGAUGACAUCCCAAAGAUCAUCGCCGAGGAUGAGAAGAACAAAACCUCCUCUGGCUACGUCUCCGCGGACGACGCUGUUCCGAUAUCUUCUAGCCGGGAGAGGAAACGAGGUUACUGCCGGGAGAGCACAAGCUGUUCUUGCUUGGGCCAAAGUACUGGAGAGUGCUUGUAAAGAUGAUGAAGAGCUUCGAGCUGUUCUUGGUGAUAGCAUAGGCAACCCUGAGCUCAUGAGAAAGAAAGAUAGAUUUCAGUGUAUUGCGAGGCGAGGAAACUAUGUUGCAAAUGCAGGCAGCAUGUAUACCUUUAGCACUUACAGGGCGUGAUCUUUGUGCCAGUGCAAUCACUGGAUCAGCCGUGAAAUCCUAAAGAUUCCAACUUUCUAUAUUGAAGAAAGAUGACAGACAACGGCGAUGAGGAGGCUAGGGUUCCUCCUAGCGACUCGGCUUCACGAACGAGGCAAAGGAGAAAGAGAAAGUGGGACCAGCCCGCGGAGCAGCUUGUUGCAGCUGGAGUUGUGCUUCCUCGAUUAGGCAAGGUUCCUCCUGCUCCAUUGUUCCAAACCCCGCUUCCAAAACUUAUUCAAGAUGAGUUGAAUAUAGCUAGAGAAAUCGUUAUCAACGAUGCCGAGGCUUCUCUUAGGCACAAGCUUACUAAACGCUCAACUCAAGAAGAAAUUCAGAGGUCUACUGGUGCUGUCGUGAUUACUAGGGGCAAGUAUCGUCCUCCAAAUGCACCUCCUGAUGGUGAAAAGCCAUUAUAUCUUCACAUCUCUGCUGCUGCCCAUUUAAAAGAGACUUCAGAGCGAAUUUUAGCAGUUGAUCGAGCAGCAGCUAUGAUUGAGGAGAUGAUGAAACAGAAAACAAACUCACAGGUCGGGUUGGUAGGUUCUCAGACGGUCAAGAUGCUGAACACAUGCGUUUAUUUGGGUUUUGAAGCUGACCCAUCAUCUAACGUUGCUGCUCGUAUCCGUGGGCCUAACGAUCAGUAUAUAAAUCACAUUAUGAAUGAAACAGGAGCAACCGUUGUACUAAGAGGGCGUGGUUCAGGGUGCCUUGAGAACCAACAUGGUGAAGAAGCACAGCAACAAUUGCAUCUGUUGUUGUCUAGUAGCAACCAGAAGAGCAUUGACGAUGCAAAACGUUUAGCUGAGAAUCUUAUGGAUACAAUCAGUGUAGAGUUCGGGGCUUCAAGGGUUUCCUCAAGCAAGGUGUAUGGUGCUGUACCACCACCACAGCAACUGCUUGCCGGAGCUCCGAGUUCUGAAACCGCGCAAAAGCCAAAUUUGAGUUCAUCAUAUGGUUUGAUGACACCGCCAAAUGCUGUUAAUCCAUAUCCAGUUCCUCCAGCAACAACAACUCUGUAUCCUCAGUUUCCAGUGUUGCAGCACCCUCCAGGGAUCUCAAACGGUGGGCAAUUGCGACCAAGUCCAGUCAGUUACUUACAACCUGCGGCUGGUGGAACUAGUUAUAGUGGGUAUGCCGGGAUAUACCCUCAAGCCACUCCACUGCAACAAGUCGCUCAAGUCCUUAAGCUAUCUGUUUCUCCUGUUGUCUCCACCGUGCCUCCUACUUUGUUGACAGCUGCCGCCUUAUCAAAGCCAAGUGAUAUUCCAAGUAAGGAAACGGAAAGGCGUCCACCCCAGAAGCGAAAGUUUCAGGAGCUACCAGCUGAUUGUAAAGUCACAGCAAAAUCCAAAGAGCAGCCAGAGUUAGCAAUGGCAGGUGAAGUUGCUCCAAAGAAUAUAGUUGAGCCGAGAUCAAAUGGAGUGCAAUCACUGCCUUCACCACGUUCCAUGAUGCCUCCUCCUCCACCAAAGACCAUCCAACCACCACCUUCGAGGGAUGUGUCUCCUCCAUCAUCGAGAACCAUGCUUCCUCCACCACCGCGAUUUACACCAUCAAAACAACCUCCAGCUCCAAGAUUACAGGAGGACCAAAUCACUAUUAAGAAACCAAAUCCAGUUCCAGAUACUUUAAUAAAACUGAUGGAGUAUGGAGAUGAUGAAGACGAUGAUGAAGACUAGACAUUGACAGUGUAAUGGUAAUGAUGGAACCAUCUGAUCUGGCAAAACAAAAUUCCAGGCUAUGCUUGAAACAAUAGAGAAGCCUUGUCCUGAUAUAAAGUUAUAAGACAUUAGCUUACACUUGUCUUGCAACCUAUUACUAUGGCUGAUUUUGUGAUGCCCUUUUUGUUGUACCUCUUUACGAUUAAUACAUACCAUAGAGAAGCCUUUUCCAAUUUA